AUGUCAAAUUUAGAAGAGAAAUUGAAUAUAUUGAAAAAAAAGAAAUUAACAGCAAAAACAAUUGUUGAACAACAACGAAAUGAAAUACGUUUAUUAAAAUCUACAUUAACAAUAAAUGAACGUUUAGAAGACAUUUAUAAGCGAUUCGAUAAUAAACAAAAUAUAGAUAAACAUCUUUAUAAUAAAAUCCUUCAAAAACCCAAUGAUAAACAUGAAAAAUGUUCUUUAAUUGAACAAAUUCAUCGAUCUAUUGAAGAUUUAUCAAAUUUAAUUGAACAAAUUCUAACUAUUCUUUCAAUCAAUAAUAAUAUUGAUUUAAAAAAUCAAGAAUUUAAUUGUGUUUUAAAAAAACAAAAAGAAUGUUUUCAAUUAAUUAAAUGGAAACUAUCAGAUAUUUAUGCAAGUCGUAUUGCUGAUGAAGUCUCUUAUCGAAUGGAUUUCAGCAACAGCGAUAAAUUAUGUUUCGAACAGUUAAAUUUACCUUCAGGUUUACUUUUUGGAUUAUAUGCCAUGGGCUUUGAAAAUGGUCCAUCGAACACACAAGCACUUAUUCUUCCACAUUCAUUAUCUGAUCAGAGUCAAAGAAAUAUGAUUGUACAAUCAAAAACUGGAACUGGAAAAACGGUUUCCUACAUGAUACAUAUCCUAGCUCGUAUUCAAUAUGGUCUUUCUCAACCACAAGUAUUAAUUAUCGUGCCUACUAUUGAACUUGCUUUUACAGUUGGAUCCGGUAUUGAAAAAAUGUCGGCUUAUCUACCCAAUUUACCAAUCACUUAUGUUACUUUUGCUCAGUUAAUAGAAACCCCAUUCGAUACACCCAUCGUUAUUGGAACUAUCGAUACAUUUGAUUCAUUUCAAUCAUUAAUAAAUUUUUCUCAACUCGAAAUGCUUAUUGUUGAUGAAAUCGAUACAAUGAUUAUUCGUGAUGAUUAUCGACAAUCUUUACUGAAUCUUUUUGAUAGUGUACCAAUCACUAAUCAUUGUCAAAUACUUGUAUAUUCGUCAACAUUAUCUGAACAAAUACUGAAUUUUACCAAGGAGCUUAUACCCAAUUCAAUUCUUAUUAAACAACGAUCUGACAAGCAACACUUAUUAAAUGUCGAACAGUUUUAUGUUACGUGCGAUGAUGAAACUGACAAAGAUCUUAUCGUAAAUACUAUUCUAAGACAAUUUAUGACUGAACAAAUUAUGAUUUUUUGUUUCGAUGAUCAAACAACGGAAAGACUUUAUCAACAAAUUAAGAAUGAUAUGAAAAAACAUACUCGAAUUCUAACUACUAAAUUCAAUGAUCAACAUCGUGUUUCACUUAUUGAAGAGUUUCGUACGAAUUCCUUUCGAAUAUUUCUUCUAUCUGCUCAAACAUCUGCCACUACUCAUGGUAUCGAUUUAGAUAAUGUUAGCAUUGUAAUUAACUAUGAUUUACCAUGUUCACUUGGUAUUCAUUGUGAUCUUGAUUAUGUUACGUAUCAUCAACGAUUAGAUCGAUGCGGACGUUAUGAUAAACAUGGUUAUUUAUUUAAUUUAAUUCAAACGUUAGAAGAUUGUAAUAUUCAACUUGGUCAACAAAAUUAUUUUUCUUUUUCUAUCAAACAAAUCGAUAGUGAUGGUAUCCAAAAACUUGUAUUAUAG